GUGAGACUCAAAGAUAGUAAAUAAAUGUGUAAAAUUGUUAUGAUUUUGUUGUUUCUAAAAGUUUAAUAUAGCUAUAAUUAGGUCUACUACAAAAUGAUGAAGUCUACACUUAUCGCGCUGGGUAUGACUCUACUAGCACGAAUGUUAUACGACCCGAUGAUAACAAACGAUGUGUCGGAGGAAUACGACUUCAUUGUUGUUGGCGGAGGUGCAUCAGGAGCUGUUGUUGCAAGAGAACUUUCAGACAAAACUGGAAUGACGGUGUUACUGCUGGAAGCGGGUGACUCAGAUUGGGGCAAUCCUUUAGUUCCCAGUCCAACGAUGUUUGACAUGUUGCAAGAAUCUCCUGCCAACUGGAACUACGAUAUAGCAAAACAAAAAUAUUCUUUACUUGAAAUAGAAGAGAAUGCGAAAUAUCCCGGGGGAAAAAUUCUUGGUGGAUCAACAACAAUUAACGCAAUGAAUUACUUAAGAGGAAGUCCUCAUGAUUAUGAUUCUUGGGAAGAUCAUGGAGCAAAGGGAUGGAGUUGGAAAGAUGUUGAGCCAAUUUUUAAAAAAAAUGAAAACGCCGUCGACGAAAACAUCUCAGAAAAAGCAGGAAGAGGAGGUUUACUAAAUAUCACUAUUUCAUACCAACAUCCAUUUUCUGUAAAGUUGAAGACGGCGGCAAAAGAAAUCGGUGUAAAGGAAGUUGAUUAUUUUGAUGAAAUCGAAGGAAUAUCUCCACUUGUUUGCACCAAACACAAGGGAAUAAGACAAUCGUCCUCAGACGCGUUCUUGCGAACGGGUUAUAAAGAACGAGAAGAAUAUUUGCACAUUGUAACAAAUGCACUUGUAAGCAAGAUUCACUUUGUUACUGGCGCAAAAAGUAAACAGAAAGCUACUGGUGUAAGUUACAUCAAAAAUGGUAAAAUAAACACCGUUGAAGGCAGGAGAGAAAUCAUUUUAUCAGCUGGUACAAUAAGAACUCCACAACUACUGAUGUUGUCAGGAAUCGGACCGAAAAAUCAUCUUGAAGAGAUGAAGAUAGAAGUUGUAGAGGAUUUGCCAGGCGUGGGAGUAAAUUUACAGGACCAUUUGGAGAUACUUGUUUUUCACGCAAUUGACGAUCACCAGUAUGCGACACAAUCAACAAUGAAAUCUAUCAUGGAAUACAUCAUGAACGGCACCGGAUAUAACUCAGCAGUUUGGGGUAGUGGUGUUGUUCUUCAUCAUAAGACAAAGUAUUUUGGAACUAAUGUGAGCCUAAGCACCAAAAAACGACCAUUUCCAAGUAUACAAGAAAUUUUUACCCCAAAGGAUGCACCAUUUCCUUUCAAAACAAGAGAAAACUAUAGGUUCAAUACUGCACUGUUAUUGGGAGUUCAGCAUCCUAAAUCAAAGGGUGAAAUUCGAUUGAAGUCGAAGAAUCCGUUUGACCAACCUAUUAUUGAUCCAAAUUAUCUAUCGGAAGAAGAUGAUAUAAAGAUGUAUAUUGAAGGAUUCAGAAAACUGGAAGAAUUCGAAAUGUCACAAACUAUGAACGAAAUUGGGUUUAGGCUGAUAACACCCGAAAUAUGCAACGGAUCGCUCUACACGAAGCCUCCCAGGUGACUUUCCGAUACUAUAUCCUAUUUUCUUUGAAGUACAUUUUACGUUGUUAUGAAGCAUCCACUCAUACAACAUAGUUUAAAAGUAUAACAGUAUAAAUUUUAUAAACCAUGAGAAGUAAGUAAGAAACAAAUAGGCCUACUCAUUGUGAUAAUAUUUAAAUGAAGCUGAAUGCUGCUGUCUACAGAAAACUGCCAGA